UGUGGUAGCGUCCCCAAUUAUGUCGUAAAACCUUUGCACCCACACUCCAAUUAGAUUUUCUGUCUAAUAUAUCUAUCUCUCUUCUCCGUGUACCUGAGCUACUCUCUGGAUAUCUGGACCAGCCAUGGUGGUGUGUCUGACUGGGCUAUGGAGGUAUCGGAAUUACCUGAUCAUAUUCCUCACCCCACUGUUGAUUCUACCUCUACCCAUAAUAGUUGGGGGACCGGAGGCUAGUUGUGGUUAUGUGAUCAUCCUGAUGACCCUGUACUGGUGUACAGAGUGUAUGCCCCUGGCUGUGACCGGUCUGCUGCCUGUCAUCCUCUUCCCUAUGAUGGGCAUCAUGGAGUCAAGCGAGGUGUGUACCCAGUACAUGAAGGACUCUAACAUGCUGUUCGUCGGAGGGCUGUUGAUGGCUAUAGCUGUGGAACAAUGGAACCUUCACAAACGCAUCGCCCUCAGAGUACUUCUCAUAGUAGGGGUGAGGCCUGCCCUUCUGAUGUUUGGCUUCAUGGGCAUCACAGCCUUCCUGUCCAUGUGGAUCAGUAACACAGCCUCCACUGCCAUGAUGCUGCCCAUCACUAAUGCUGUGCUGAAGCAGCUGUGUGACACCGAGGCCCAGGCAGAGGAGGGGGAGAUGGACCUGAUGGCCAUCAGGGGGGCCGGGCCCGGGACUGGGAUACCUAAGGGCCAGGACAACCAAGCCUUUGAUAUGGGUGACAAGGAGAACAGUAUUACCAUAUAUGAUGGAGGUGCUACUAAAUGUACAAAGGAUGUCAAGCCCAUGAAGAAUGGAAUUCAGUUAGCUGUUGUGGAUUCCCUGGAACACCUUUCUGUCAAUUAUUCAACCAUUCAUCUUAGUAGAGGAACACAACCCGAGACAGGGGUGGAGGAGAGUCCGGAGGCGAGGGAGAGGAGGCUAAAGAGGGAGGCUAAGUACCUGAAACUGGGUAAAGGCAUGAGUCUCAGUGUGUGUUACGCUGCCAGCAUCGGAGGAACAGCCACCCUUACCGGCUCCGCCCCGAACCUCAUCCUCAAAGGACAGGUCGACGAACUGUUCCCAGGAAAUGGAGACAUCAUCAACUUUGCCAGCUGGUUUGGUUUCUCCUUCCCCAACAUGGUUCUGAUGCUGAUCAUCUCCUGGCUGUGGCUGCAGUCUAUGUACCUGGGCUGCAACAUGAAGAAGUUGUUUGGCUGUGGGACGAAUAAAGAUGGUGACAAGGAGCCGUACGGGAUGAUAAAGAAUGAGUAUAAAAAGCUGGGCAGUGUGUCCUUCGCUGAGGGCUGCAUCCUGGUGCUGUUUGUCCUGCUGGUCCUGCUCUGGUUCACCAGAGAACCAGGCUUCAUGCCCGGCUGGGCCACUGUGCUCUUCAACAAGGACAGACUGUAUGUCACUGAUGGCACGGUGGCUAUGCUGAUGUCAACGCUGUUCUUUCUGAUCCCAUCCCAACUACCCAGAUGUGGCGGGUACUCUGAGAAUGGAAAGCCCCUGAAGGCCCCUCCCACCCUGCUCAACUGGGACAUGGUCCAUAAGAAGAUGCCCUGGAACAUUUUCCUGCUAGUGGGAGGAGGCUUCGCUCUGGCCCGGGGCAGCGAGACGUCUGGUCUGUCUCAGUGGCUAGGAGAAAGUCUGGCCCCCCUGCAGUCCAUCCCUCCCGUUGCCAUCUCUUUCCUCCUGUCUCUACUCAUCUCCACUUUCACUGAGUGCUCCAGUAACGUAGCUACUACCACACUGUUCCUGCCUAUACUGGCCAUUAUGGCCGUAGCCAUUAAGCUCCACCCGCUGUACGUCAUGCUGCCCUGCACCAUCUGUGCCUCGCUGGCCUUCAUGUUGCCGGUGGCCACCGCCCCUAAUGCCAUCGCCUUCUCCUAUGGCAACCUCAAAGUCAUGGACAUGGUGAAGGCUGGAUUCGUGCUGAACAUUAUUGGUGUCAUCACCAUCAACAUCGCACUGAACACCUGGGGAGCAGCCAUGUUCAAUCUCAACACAUUCCCUGACUGGGCCAAUGUUACCACCAUACCCACCCCCUGAUCCAGAGACACCAGAAAGGAAGGAAGGAGGGAAGGAGGAGGAGGAGGAGAGUGGAGGGAUGGGAAGAGGGGAGAGAUGCUGUAUGUACACCUCUAUCUGGGGCAGGCUGUAAACAGAAGACAGUGCUGAUGGUCAACCCACUCAGGGUGAUCUAAAGCUGCUACUGUAUACACACUCCAUAUAACAACACACACAGUAUGUUUACCGGUUGGACUGGUACUCCUCCUCCACUCUGUCAAAGUUUUGAUCGAUUUGAAUUAAAUUAAUUUAAAUGAAUACAUUUAAAUGGUUUUUGUACAGCUGAACUAUGCAGGUCGUAUUUGAUCCUUUUUGAGAUAGCCAAAUCUGCUUAAGUUUAGAGGAGUGGGCAUGAGGUGAAAACACUGUGUUUGUUUGGGGAAUAGAACAGAACAGAAUAGAAUAUAAUAUAACUCUAUUUGAGGUUAGGGGAUUAUAAGGGUAAUCUAUGAGAUCAUUUAUGUUUCUCUGAACACAUUAUUAUGUCAAAAACAACAACAAACUAACAAACAUCUAUUUAAUGUGAAUGGCAAUCUGUGUUGGAAUACAAAAUGUUAUUUUGACGUCAGGAACUCCAUCAGUGGCAUAUUAUUAUGAAACGUUGUGCUCUUAGUCCUUACAGCUGUUGCACAAAAUGUAUAUAUUUUUUUAUUAUUGUUUCAACAGUUUUUAUGUCUACUGUAUUAAAUGCUGCACACACAACCCCUCCAAAUAGGAGAGUAAUUUCAAGUGUCCAAGUACAGGCCAUCUCAAACUAAAUGUGGAAUUAUUUGUAUUGGUUAUAAUUGCAUUAUAGUUAAUGUCUGAUUAUGACAUUACUAUUUGGGUUGCACAUUGAUUUCUUGGGUUCAUACGUUUUGUGCCACUGCUCCCUUCAUACCCACAUCCUGUAGGAUUGCAGAAUAUGAAUUUGGGAAAAAAUGAUAGCCUCAAAUCCCAUUGGCACCCAUAGGAUUAUGCCCACUGAUGGAGACCCCAAUUGGUUUGAAGGGUACGGAAGGCAAAUCAUUUCUAUUUCAAUGUUCUUAUUGUUCUUUUCAAUUAUAUAGCUUUCAGAUAAUUCAGAAUCCUUUCAAAGCAGUAGGUAAAAAAAUAAAGGAAAAUACUAAAUAAUAAUUUAGGGUAAAGAAGGAAAUGAAUAAAAUAAAAUGUAAUUACAAUUUAUAGAAUUAAUUAAAGGAACAACUGACAGGAUGACCUUUCCAUGACCUAGGGUCAUCAGGGCGGUUGGUAAUAAAAUGAGAUAUAAAAACAUUUGGGUUAUAAUCUGGGUAACAUUCUGCCAUGAUCAUUGCAUGGUAGUGUCACUCAGAGGACAAACAAACAAGAGAAACACUCGGUGGUUUCAUGCAUAGAUGGGUAGUAGGGUGGCACCUUGCAUAGUCGGGUGGUAGGGUGGUUCCAUGUAUAGAUGGGUAGUAGGGUAGUACCUUGCAUAGUCGGGUGGUAGGGUGGUUCCAUGUAUAGAUGGGUAGUAGGGUAGUACCUUGCAUAGUCGGGUGGUAGGGUGGUACCAUGCAUAGAUAGGUAGGGUGGUACCAUGCAUAGUUGGGUGGUAGAGUGGUUCCAUGUAUAGAUGGGUAGUAGGGUAGUACCUUGCAUAGUCGGGUGGUAGGGUGGUUCCAUGCAUAGUCAGGUGGUAGGGUGGUUCCAUGCAUAGUUAGGUGGUAGGGUGGUUCCAUGCAUAGUUGGGUGGUAGGGUGGUUCCAUGCAUAGUCGGGUGGUAGGGUGGUUCCAUGCAUAGUCGGGUGUUUCCUUCCAGCAACUCUGUCUUGAGGAGAAUUGAGGAGAGUGACAGACGACUUACUACCACAGUUUCCAUAACGGGUGAGCCUUUAAGACCAUUAUUAUAUAUAUAUAUAUUUUUUUUUUACACCUUUUUCCCCCCAAUUUCGUGGUAUCCAAUUGGUAGUUACAGUCUUGUCUCCUCGCUUCAACUCGGGAGAGGCGAAGGUCGAGAGCCAUGCGUCCUCCGAAACACAACCCAACCAAGCCACACUGCUUCUUGACUCAAUGCCCACUUAACUCAGAAGCCAGCCGCACCAAUGUGUCGGAGGAAACACCGUGCACCUGGCGACCGUAUCAGCGUGCUUGCACCCGGCCCGCCACAGAAGUCGCUACGCACACGACCCUACGCACACAGCCAAGACAACGCAGGAGUGGCUACGGGACAAGUCUCUGAAUGUCCUUGAGUGGCCCAGCCAGAGCCCGGACUUGAACCCGAUCUAACAUCUCUGGAGAGACCUGAAAAUAGCUGUGUAGUGACGCUCCCCAUCCAACCUGACAGAACUUGAGAGGAUCUGCAGAGAAGAAUGGGAGAAACUCCCCAAAUGCAGGUGUGCCAAGCUUGUAACGUCAUACCCAAGAAGACUCAAGGCUGUAAUCGCUGCCAAAGGUGCUUCAACAAAGUACUGAGUAAAGGGUCUGAAUACUUAUGUAAAUGUGAUAUUUCAAAAAAACUGUUUUUGCUUUGUCAUUAUGGGAUAUUGCGUGUAGAUUAAUGAGGGGAAAAAACAAUUUAAUCCAUUUUAGAAUAAGGUUGUAAUGUAACAAAAUGUGGAAAAAGUCAAGGGGUCUGAAUAUAUUCUGAAUGCACUGUAGAUCAUUCACACAUUUUCUAUAGGCUACUGCACUCUGUUAAAGAUAAGGUACAUGUUAUAUUUUCACGGUGUGUUUUUAUGCCCAUUUUUCUUUUCAAAGAGAGCUAAAAUAAGAGACCUGCAUAAUAUUGUUCUAAUAUGUCUGCUGGGUAGACAGCUGCUGUUUAAUUGCAUAUACAAUGUGUCCCAAAUGGCACCCCGUUUCCUCCAUUGUACACUAGUUUUGACAGGGCACAGGUCAAAAGUGCAUAGGGUGCCAUUUGGGAUGUUCCUUGGGAUGUUACUGGGAGAGUAAAUAAAUAUCUAUUUUAUAUACCUUUA